AUGUCUACCACCAACGUCCUCAAUAAGUCAGUCACUUCACAACGCAGCGGUGUCCCAGAGGACCUCAACAGCCAAAAUCCCUUCAUAGGUCCCGGUGCUUUUGAUCUGGUUAGGUUUACAACCGAGAAUACUACGGUCAAUGAUACUUCAAAAACUUCGAAAAGUCCACAAGAGCAUCUUUCCGAAAAGCUAGAAGAAAUGGAAAUCCAAAAACAUUCUCUAGUUUCCCGUGUACCAACUCGACAGAAGAAAGCUUCUGUGACACCGUAUUACCGAAAACCCAAAUUCGCUCCAGCUCGCACACCCGAACCACCUAGGCAACACAAGAGGCAGCGGCAAUCUGCCGUGACCGUUGACCUAAAGGAGCUUAAUAAAUUGGGGAAGUCUACCGAGUGA